UUUGGGACCCAGCGAAGAGGAAAGGUGUGGUGGCAGACAAGAUGGUUGAGAUUCUGUUCCAGUAUGUGGAGCGCUCAGUGAAGAAAUGUCCAGAACACGGCAAGAUACAGGUCAUGGAACAACAUUUCCAGGACAUGGUGCCUGUCAUGGUAGAUUACUGUCUGCUGCUGCAGAGGACGGACCUACUGUUUAACCACGCUAUAUACCCGCCUGGUGGAGAACUGUGUGGCUCGGGGGAUCUUCCUGGAGAGUUGGAGCCCUACCCGUGUCGGAGCGUCUGGGCUGUGACCGCUCCCGUCAUGAGAGACUGCUGACUCACCUCGAGGAUAACAACAUGAUGGACAGUGUAAAGGGAACUGUCUGAUACAUCUGGACAUCACCAGCCUCGACAUACAACAGGUGGUCCAGAUGUGUUGGGACAACCAGCUGUAUGAUGCCAUGAUCUACGUCGUUCAACAGGGGAAUGAAUGACUACAUCAACCUAUGGAG